CGCCUAGCCGCUUCAACCUGUACGUCACGCGACUUCCGGGUGUGUCACAUGAGGUCAGCACGUUGCCGAGCGAGCGAGUUGACCUGCUACUCACGAUAGAAGCUUCAGCGCUGUCAUACAAAGGGACCCAGAGGAAACCUCACAAAGGUACAGUACCUUACCAAGAUGGUCGACCAAAACAAGGACGAUGGAGUGCCAAAGUUUUACAGUGAAGUAUUAAGUCCGUCCGAGCUGUUUUCAGCACGGACCCGGAGUCACAAGAUCCCGGUCCGUGGUAAAAAAGACUUCUAUCCAGACAACUCUGAGGAGCAGCGUAUGCGUCUGGAGCAGAACCUGAAUGAACACUGGAGCCUGUUGUCAGAAGAGCGAGUGGAGAGGCUAGGUAACCUGGUUAAAGCCGUGUGGAUUCCCAGUGAACAGAUUGUGGAGCUUCAGUCUCCAGCAGGCAAGUUCUGGCAGACUAUGGGAUUUUCCACCAGUGGCAAGCAGUACCUCCUUCCCGAAGAGGCGCUCUACUUGAUGGAGUGUGGAAGCAUACAGGUGUUCUACCAGGACCUCCCACUCUCAAUCCAGGAUGGAUUUGAAUGGUUUCUGUCCUCCAGUACUGUGAGCCUGCAGCAGUAUCAGCCCUACAGUAAACACAGCUCUCAUGCUUCCUGUUUCCCCACCAAGGUGUUCGGUCAUCUGAAGAGGCUCGGCUAUGUGGUGCACAGGUUCGAUCCCAGCUCGGAGCCGUCUCCCUAUGCCAGGCAGCUCAACUUGUUGCAGUCACAAGGUGGGAAGUCACUGAAGCGGAAGCGCAGCGACAGCCCUGUAGCAACAUGCAGCCACAGCGAUGCACAAGAAGUGUCUGCUUUGAAGAGAAAGGACACGGAAGAAGAUCCAGGCCUAUCUGUGUCGGCGCUAACGUCCACACCAGUCAUCUCGGGGGCCGAUAGCAUCCUGGAAGAUCCCACCGGGGGCCGAUCCUGGUGGAUAACUGAGGGUCUCGCCAGCCAGGAGGACGAGAAACAUAACUGUUGCCGCUCCUCACGCUGGGAUGGCUCCAUUGUGUUCCCCAAUGUGGCCUCUAUGUGCGGUCACUCCAGUUGCUUGGCUUCUCCAGACCCGUCUCUACUGCCUGGAGGUCUGACUGUGGGUGUGUGUGACAUCACACUGUGGACCAGGAAGAUCAACCAGCGCGAGGUAAAGAUGUCUGUAAAGGACAGAGAGAAGAACCGAAACAAUCACAGAAGGAGCUGGGAUGUCAACAGAGACAAAAAGGUGCGACAGUGCAAAAACUGGGCCGAGUAUAAUCAGCUUCUGGCAAGUCGGCGAGGGCGACGCAGCGGACGACCAGAACACUUGUGGAAUCGGGAAAUCACUCCUUUACAUGACCCCACCCAACCAAUCUCCACAGAUGAACUGCUAACCAAAAUCAGCGUGAUCAAGUCCACACAUAUGCUUGAGGGAGCGUCCAGAUUGAAGGCCUCAGAUGUGUGGAGGAUUUGUUUUAGUGUUUACCAACCUGACACGGUGGCUAACUUCAAGAAGAGCAACCCGGGAAAGCCCUUUGCCCGCAUGUGUGUGUGCAGUCACUGCUUUCAUCAUUUGAAAAAUGGAGAAAGUUUCAGCGGGCCCGUCCCAGACUUGGGGGCCAUCAAGCAGCUGAGCUUCCAGAGUGGAGACGUCCAAGUGGUCUUUGCCGUGGUGGAUGGCGGCGACAUCUCCUUUUACACCUUCAAAGACUUCCAAUUGCCCAUUGACGUGUAUCCAUAACACCUGCAUGUCUUACCCAGAAUUGAUAUCUAUUUUUAAAGCAACCCUGAAAUGGCCAGAAUAACUCUUACUUUUUACUCCAAAUAGGUGACUUCCUGCAUGUGUUUGCCAUGGCUUUUUGAGACUUCUUCGUGGGUCUACUCAUGAUAGAUAUCUUUACCAAAUUUCAUGCUACUAAGUCAAAGCGGAUUUGAGGGCUGAAUUAAAAAGGAAAAAUCUGUUGGGUAUUUUGACUCUUAAAAUGGGCACUUGAAGUCAAAAUGUCAGGCCUCCUUUUCAAGCAUGGCUUCUUGAGACUUUCUGUUGGUCUAUUCUUGUUAUGUCUGUCAAAAUUCAGGCUGCUAAUUUAAUUUCCCAAAGAAAUCGGCUGGGGUGCUAUGAGUUCAAAAUUAACACGUCAAAUCAAAAUGUCUUUAAAGGGAUGGCUUCCUGAUACUUUUUUUUCCCAUCUUAAUUGUUGUGACCAUAGCUUAUGUUGAUAUAUUGCUAAGAAACUGGCUUUGGGGAUUGGGCCAAAUUUUUUUUGACAGUCAGGGUGGGAGUUAGGGCCAGGUUAAUAUCACUAUAAAGUGCCUCUGGUUACCUCCUCAGAAUUACUCAAUCCUCAUGAAAAUGUAGCUGAAAUGUUACUAAAUUAAAGAAAAUACAUUUCUUCAUUGGCCACAGCAAGUUAUUUGGUCAAAUGAGUCCUUUUGAUCGUGAUGCGGACCAUGCGGAGAUUCCUCUGAUGUUUGCAGUGACAUCACUGCCAGCAUUUUGUCUUGCUUCAUUGGAAUGUGAAACAGUGACUAGUUGCAGGAAAACUAUAAUUUCACAUAUGUUUUGUAAUUUUUAUCACGUGUGGUGGAUGUUUAACAGCUUAACAUGUCCACUCAUAGUGAAAUAUAAAAUACUUAAAAAAUUUGCACCAGUUUGCUAGCUGAAUCAUGUUGUGAAGUGCAGGCACACCAUGUGCUCAUUAAAUGUCCAUGCCCAGCAAGCUCACAUAUUUUACUGUCUGCAUGCACAAGUUAAUUACUGUAGACAGCUGGAACCUAACUGUUUAGAAAGACAUUCUUUGUCAUUGACAUGAAAUCAGAUCAAGAUUUUCCUGUAAGUUAAUUGGCAUGACCAAAAUUAAAAUCUGUUCAAUGGGAGACCAAACUGUUGGAGGUGAAAUGGGGAAGUCUUAAAAGUGUAUUAUGGUUAUAUUGACUCACCUGUUUGACGCUAAAGUUUGUAUUCUGAUACACCUCGAGAAAAAAAUAUGUUGUGGUGGAA